AUUAUGAAGAUCAGUAGGGUUCAACCCGUGAAGUAAAGCGGUCGCGCGCGGCGAUUUGUUUUUUAUUUGUGUUGUGAAUAUUUUUUUAGGAUUUUUUGAAAUGAAGUGGUUAUUUGUGGUCGGUUAUGUCGUGUGCUUGGCGGUUUUAAGUAAAUCAAAUGCACUGAGCUGCCAACCCGGAUCGGAACAGGAUGCACAGUGCAUAUCAGAAAAUACAGAAAAAGUUCCAGAAACAACACAACCUUCCAGUAAUGUUAGAGAGAGAGAAAAGGACCGCUGGGCGGAAUGUCUGGCCGGGAGCGAAUGGGACAGCAAUUGUCACAAAUGCCGGUGCUCCGAGGAGGGCCAUGCAGAAUGUACCAGGAUGGAUGUUUGCGAAAAAGGCGAUUACGGAGAUCCCAUCAGAUGUAAGCCAAAGACGACGUUCAAGAAGGAGUGCAACACUUGCUCGUGUCUCGAGACCGGGCACAGUGUCUGCACUUUGAUUGGCUGCCUGUCAGCAUUGCCAUCGUUACCAGAUGUUUCUCCUCCAGCUACACCAGAAACAGAUGCCACUACCUUACCACCGACGGACAAAUCUAAAGACUGUUUGGUGGGCUCGCGUUGGAAGUCCAAAUGCAACGAAUGCUUCUGUUCGGAAGAUGGAUACCCGUCGUGCACAGAAAUGGCUUGUAUAGGAUUAGAAGAUGAGCCAGAGAAGAUGUGCGCACCAGAAACAUCUUGGAAAGUUGAUUGCAACACUUGUUGGUGUUAUGAUGGAAGACCAGUUUGCACCAGGAUAGGAUGCAAUGGACAUAUCAUAACGAAUUUCAAUCCUAAACGAGAGAAUUCAAAAAAUGAUGAACCUCAAAUUGUAUUAAGGUCAGCCACAAACGAGAAGGAUGUUGUAUGCGCCGCAAAUCGCAUGUUCAUCAAAGAUUGCAACACUUGCUGGUGCAAUGAAGACGGCACUAGCUAUUUUUGUACUAGAAAAGUCUGCAUUACAGACUUGCCCGAAGAAGUAAUAGAAGACAAACCAGAGAAUCUACAGGAAAUCAAGAGGAAAUGUAGGCCUGACGAAGUUUUUGAGAUAGAUUGUAACAUGUGUCGUUGCAAUCCCGACGGAAUGUCUUUCUCUUGUACACGCAGAGCGUGUGUGCCGGAGGAAAAGGGAAAGAACAUAUCCUUGAAUAGAAGAGUUCGAGCGACUGCGCAGGAGACGCCGAAAACCUGCCAACCUGGUACAGAGUUCCGCAUGGAUUGCAAUAAGUGCCUCUGCAACGACGAGGGCCAAGACUUCUCCUGCACACGCAUCGACUGUGCAGCGCAGAACGGCAAUGGUAACGGUGGAGCGAGGAGGAAACGAGCAACGACACAAGUACAGACCCAGUGCGUACCAGACAGCGUGUUCAACCAAGACUGUAACGCAUGUCGUUGUGAGGCUGACGGCAACCAUGCGACGUGCUCCAUCAAACGCUGCAAGCAGGACAAUCCUAAUGAAGAUGAAGAGAACGAAGUUUCAUCAGAAUCUGACCUAAGUUUCCGCUGCAACCCUGGCGAGCAAUUCAAACGUGGUUGCAACGACUGCAGCUGCUCAGCGGACGGCAAGAGCGUAUUCUGCACAGUACGUCUAUGCGACUAGAACAUUACUCCGACCAUUUCAUUGAUCUAUAUUAUCACACGAUACCUUAUUAAUUUUUUGGAACACAAUUUCUUUGGUUUUGAGUAUAUUUACAAAUUCUUAAUACCUUUUUUCAGUCUUCUACUUUUAUUUUUAAACAAUAACAUGCAUUGUUAUUUUGUGAUUGCAAUUUUCUUUUAUUUCACCAUAUUCAUAAUGUCGUUUCUAACUUAAAAUACAUCAAACUGUACCAUGAAAACGCUGUCGGGUAUCGUGUGAUGUAAUAAUUUGAUCACAUUAAAGGUUGAAGUAUUUGGUAGUAAAAGGUGAAGAUUCUUAAACGUAGAUAUACGAGUGAUCUAUGGACUAUGAUCAGUAACAUUGAUUUUGAAGUAUUUAAUUAAACACUUAAUUUGGACAUCAUUUGUAUGUUUGCUUAAAAAUGUAUUUUAGUUGAUAAGGUAUACAUUACGUCUGUGUUACAUUGAAUCAUUGUUAAAGGUACUAAGGGCAUCUUUGUAUUUACGAGUAGAUAAAUGAUUUAGAUCUUCUUUAGAUUCAUUGUUUUCGAGUGUUGUAAUUAGUUAAGUGUUAGUAUGUAAGCGUGAUUUGCUUUUUGCAAAUCGUGUGCUUGUAUUAUUUUUAUCGUCGUCAAUAUCUUUUAUAACAACAUUAAAUCAAACAGUAUCAAAAUUUUAAAUAUUAUAUUGGUUUAUUUCUAAUAACAAAAUCCAUCAGCGUAAGAUUUACAUCAUCUGAAUUUGUUUUUUUUUCUGUAAUUUUUAAAGUAUUUUGUUUAUCAUUUCUGACGAUUUAUAAAUUUGAAGAUCAACUAAAGUUAAAGACAGCUGAUUUUAAUUUAGGUUUUGUUUCUUUAGUUACUUGGAUCGUGAACUUAAUUAAUUAAUUUCAGAUAUGUGAUCUUUAUUAUUGUUUUAUUUUCUACACUUUAUUUUACCAAAAGUUGUAAGUUUCUUGCUGUUGGUUUGUUAAAUUUUCAAAUUAUCUUUCGGUCUAGAGUAUAAUCAAGACAUGUAUACAAGACAAAAUCAAUCAUAUCAAAUUAGUCCUCCAUAAUUCUUAAUUCAUCAGUCAUUAGUAAUGCAAUAGAGUUGUAGAGAAUGUAAUUAUUAUAAUAACUUAGUUAGCGAAAUAUUUUCGUUGUAAUGUAGUUUUCUUGUACUUUUAAGGUACUCAUGUAGGUAUUAGAUAAUACAUUUACUAUUGUGUGAAAUCAAUCAUGAUUCAAAUAAAAAACAUUUGAAUUUA